AACUCCCAUCAACAUGAAGACAAUUGUUUUGAUCGCCGCCAUCUGUCUGGUGGUCUUCAGCUGCUGGCUGGAUAUUUCGAAGGCGCAAAACAGCACCACUGGCACUGCUACUACUACUGGCACUGGCAAUCCCAAACAGGUGAUAGUCUCCAACUUGCAAUAUACAGCCGUGAGGAGAAUCCGCAUCGCCACUACGACCACCAGCAGCACUAGUUCGCGCAGUUCCAGGACCAAAAGCAACCGAAAUCUGCGUGCCAAGCGCAACAAGGCGGCCAAGAUAGCCACCAGCCGCAGCAAGAACUCCCGUCGUGGCAGACGCUAA